AGAGACGCCAAGAUUCUCCCAAUAAUCGUCCCCCAUAUUUGAGUCGUGUGGUCAAUAUGUCAAGUCCGCAAGCUCGCAAAAGACACCCAAAGAAAAGCGCCUUUUCAUGUGAAGCCUGCAGGACUCGGAAGGUGAAAUGUGAUGCCAUACACCCAGUCUGUACUCGAUGCAACGUGCGAGGCGAAGAAUGCGUGUAUAAACUCUUUCCGCUCGCUGCUCGACUCGCAUUUCUGCUGGAUCCAGCCUCUGUUUAAUUUUGUGUAUAGGCCUGCAUUUACUCGUGAUAUGAAAAAUGGCGGCCCUUACUUCUCGCAAGCACUUCUGAACACUAUCCUCUCGCACUCAAUACGCUGGUGCAGGGGUGAGCCAGGGAUGGAUGAACUGCUUGCUCCAUUUGACAACGGGGCAGCGUUCUCCAAGGAUGCGGUCAAAUAUCUGUUCGAAGAUAUACAGCAGGGGCAUAGUAAGGUCCCUACUGUGCAAGCGCUUCUGCUCUUAAGUGCUCAAGAGUGUGGUCGAGGUAAUCGAACUCAGGCAUGGCUAUACAGUGGCAUGGCAUUCCGCCUCAUUGAUGACAUGGGCAUCUGCAUCGACGGCAAGCGACACGCUGAUGCCAGCUCAUUCUCUGCAGAAGAUAUCGAGAUCCGCAACCGGUUGUUCUGGAGUUGCUACUUUUGGGACAAGCUCAUAUCGUUGUACUUUGGGCGGUCGCCCCUGAUACAGUACUCUGAGAUCAGUCCGCCACGAGUUCUCAUGGAUGAUACGGCUGAACUAGAGCUGUGGAUGCCACACGGAUUACUGUCUUCAUAUCCGCCUAAACAAGCUCACUCAAUCUCCUGCUUCAUCCAGAUGUGCGGGCUCGCUGAGAUCUUGAACCAGGUCCUCAUCAAUCUUUACAGUACCGCGCAGAAUCUCUCUGCGGCACAAGCUAUCCAGUGCGCGAUUACGGAAGGAUCAAAACUACGAGCCUGGUGGCGAGACCUGCCAGAACACCUCAAGAUCAAUCUUGCUGAUCCCGCCCUCGAAUGCCCUCCGAGCCACAUUGUCACACUCAAUUGUCUCUAUCACACGAUCAACAUCCUCCUCCAUCGCGCCAGACUGAAGCUGGAAAGGAAUGCUCAAUCUACUGCUAUACCCGCCGAGAACAACCCCUUGAUCCAAUGCAUAUCCUCCGCAACAUCAACAGUCGCACUCUACGAGCUAUACAACCGGACUUUCGGUGAGGGCCACGUCGUGCUCGCUUUAGCUUACAGUCUUUACACUGCAACUUCGAUAUUCUUGCUCGAGGUGCAAGCGGUCGGACACGCUGCGCCGAGCACACUAGAGCGCCUAUCUCUCUGCGUCGCAACGCUCGAACGACUGCGCGCCACAAGUCCCGUCCUCGAAACCUCACUCAAAUCAAUAUCGCGAGAAAUCGGCGCUCUCGGCAUCCAACUCGUCCCUACGUCCUCAACUUCAUCCGCGCCCGAAACCGAACGACUGCCCGACAUCCCAGACCCACCUGCCUUCGAACAGUACGACGAUUCGGUGCUGCUUGAUUAUUCGUAUUUGAAUGUGAACGGGCAGGAUGGCGCGAUGAGCUAUAAUUUGCUGGAUAUGCCACCGGAAAUGUAUGAGGCGUUUUCGCAGAUUGAGCCGUUGAGCGUUAUUAUGGAUCCGGGGUUUGAUUUGUUUUGAAGGGGUUAAGAGAUAUGGAGAAAUUUGCCAGGUGAGAUUUUACACAACGUGUUUCUUCUUGUUGCAGCAUUGAGGUUGCAAGGUUGAAUCGCAGACACUGCAUUGAUUUCACCACUUACAUGCCUCGCAUUGUUCGUUGCAUACCUCUGGACAAUGUCGGAACCAUUGUGAAGCAACGGACCCGAUAUAUGACACUGAUUAGAUUCGUUCCCAUGUAUCCAGACAGAAACUCACUCCGACCUGAACAAAUUUAUCUAUAUUCACGCUCUUGCAAGUCAA